AUGCCAGUAACUUCAAUCUCAGACAAAAACUUAGAAAAAUUAUAUGAUUAGUUGAAUCUAAGAUAGAGUUAUAUAAGGUAAAUAAGACUAGCGGCAAUAAACAUGAUUGAUGUUAUGGUAUCUGGCAAUCCUGAGAAAUAAAUCGAGAAGCAAAAAUAUUUCAGAAUUGGCAUCAGAAUAAUAUUCUCAAUAAAGUAUGAAUUCAAUAGGAAUGCUAUUAUACCCAGUGAUGAUACAAUUGCUGAAUCAACAUUUGAACCUUCUAGACAAAAUCAUAUUGAUACCGUAGUUUACUUCAUUAACAAAGAGCACUUCGUUUACAAAAUACUCUAGUCGAAUAGAAUGAAUAAAGAGGUUGGACUUAUUUGA